AUGGGCUGCUAUGGAGUCAAGCUGAAAUGGCAGGACGACGCCGCCAAUUCAUUGGCAAAACCACCACGGAAGAGUCGGAAGAAGAAGGCUAUCAACGAUGACCAAGCACUCAGCCCAGCGUCGACUAUCAGCUUCGAAUCCAUACAAUCGGCAGUUACGAGUCCAGAUGUACUGUUCUCAUCGCCUGACUCGGCGAAAAGUAUGCCUGCUUUACCCUUCAACAGCCCUGUGCUGUCCUAUGGGAUAUCUCCAGCCGAUCGAUGGCUCCUUAGUUAUUGGGGAGAACAGCUCUCAAAGCUGUUGUCGGUUUCACCUCAAAAUUGCAUCGCGACACCAUUCCAACGGCAUUUGACGGCCAUGGCCUACGAAUCGCCAGCACUCAGAUCGACAGUCCUCUCAAUGGCUGCAAAUCAUCUCGCAUUUGCAUCAAACGAUGCUUCACUUCACCUACAAGGCUACCGUCAUCAACGAGACGCAAUUCAAGAGCUUCAAAGGAUGAUUCAAGAUCCAGUGAAGAUGGAUACUGAGCCAGCGCUGGCCACUGUCAUGAUGAUGCAGGUUUCGGCGCGAUUGUUUGGCGAUGAGGAUGAAGCCAACGUCGCGAACCAUCUGACUGGCGCCAAAGCCAUGAUAACAGGGCGCAGUGGGGGCAGCUGGCUUGUCACAUCUAGUGCUCGCUUCCUCCUGAGCCUGUUUGCAUACCACGAUAUUCUAUCUUCCGUGUCGAGAGGCUCGCAGCCAUUAUUGGAUCAUGAAAUGGACUUUGUCGCCAUCGAAGGGGAGAAAGAGCUAGAAAGUAUCGCAAAAGUCCUAGUGGUCGUUGCAAAGAUCAGUCAGCUGCAACACGCUAUCAGGACGAGAAGAGCCCUGUCGCCAACAAGCCCUGCUUUGUCGGAAGAUGAAAAUACCACUGGUCAACAUAUCCAGCAGAUUCUAUUAGCCAUGGAAUUCGUUGCAUGUAAGAGGGGGGACAGCGAGGAGCGCAUAGACAUUAGCUCGACAGCUGAAGCCUAUCGCCACGCCGCCUUCAUUUACCUCUACCGAACCUGGCUUGAUAUAGGUGCUCCCAACCCGAUAAGCAUGGAACAUAUCAAUCAGUGUCUAUCACAGCUACAGCAAGUCGACAUCCAUUCGCCUUUAACAUCAGCGCAUAUGUGGCCGCUGUUCACCGCGGGCUGCGAAGCGAUCGACAGCACACAACGACAAUUCGUCCGUGAUCGGUUUGAAAAGCUGUAUGCUGUGAAGCAUUUCCCCAGCUUGAAACGCGUCAUGCGCGAUAUCGAACAUGUUUGGGCAGCCAAGGAUAUGGAGCAGCAGAUGAAAGGUCAAGAUGGAAUGGCCAAGGUUGACUGCAUACAAGUCAUCCUGAAAAGAAAGGGGCGGGAGGUCGAUCUUGCGUGA